GAGUACAGCUGCAAUUGCUUCACGAUAACUGCGGCAGUGCUUGUUUCGAAACACUGCCACCAGCGAGCAGUUGUGGAAGUAAAGUGGCGCAAUGAUGUAAAUUAAAGUUCCGUCUCUUACGUUGUGUCAGUAAGAACUGAGAGUUCACAUAUGCUACUGCAGGCUGCCACUAGACGUUGCGACAUAAUUGGUCCGUAUGUGAAAUCAACUGUUGACAUAAAGCUCCCAAAAUCGGAAUUCGUAAACAUAUUCCACAGUAUCGUUUCUGGUUGGUCCAAAAUCGAUUCUGAAAAUUCAUUUCUAGCUGCCAGUUUUCCACUUCCACACUCGAUUUUAGCUCCCAAGUAUAAACGUACUUGGAUUUGGUAGGCUACAUCUUGUUGCCAAAAUAUUUGACUAAUACGAGCGAGGCGAAGGAGAACCUGAAAUAUUGGACUGAGCGUGAAACAGUAUAUCUAUAAUACUGAAAUGAAAAGAAAUUGCGAUUGCGCUGACUAAAUCGGAAACUGGAACAGCUAUUUUCCAGACGUCAUAUUUAACUGAGCUAGCAAAUUCACUUCAGACCUUAACAUGUGAACACGACAGCGAAAAACGUUUUCCGAAAUUUGUUUUUCGUAUUUCAGAUGAUGUGUCGCAUGUGACUCAUUCCCAUGGAAACCUGACUGAAUCUCUUUGGGUUUACCAAUGUAAUUCAUCUUACGCAGUUUGUAUUGUGAUCACUGAUCAUCGCGGGAAUCAUGAAGAGAGCGCAGUUCAGGGGGCUGGAAAGUGAAUUGUUAGAUUGCGACGGUGAUGCUAGAGAGAAAGCUGAUGGAUUAACAGGACCUUGUUUUGAACCUAGCGUUUUCUUUAGGUGCCAUUCUUGGAGAAAAGCUGGUUUGGCAGAUGUACGGACACAGGUGUGGCAUUGCGCAUUUGAAUCGGAUGUAAGACAUCCUGAACAGACAACAGAUGUGAUUGCAACUUGUGGAGGAAAUAGCAUAUGUUUUAUAGAUGUUAAUAGCGGUUUUGUCAAAAGUAAAUACUAUGCUGAAGAUCCAAGGGAAAUUUUUUAUACUGUCUCAUGGUCUUGGAUUGCACCUGAAUGCUCAGGGAGUGGGAAAAUUAGCAUUGUGGCUGCAGGAGGUACUAGAUGUAUCAUUCAUCUGCUACAUCCACAAAAUGGUGCACUUUUUUACACUCACAGGCUCAAAUGCCCUUCCAGUGUUGCCAUAACAAGUUUGCUUUUCCACAAAGAACAUUGUGAGAUCCUAUUCGGAGCAAAGAGUGAUGGCACUAUCCUAGUGUGGGACAUUGGAUACCCAGUACCUCCAAAGUAUGCAGUGAAAUUUACUACACUCCAUCAGUUAUCAUCAAAGCAUGAAGUAUUUCAACUUGCGUACUGUUUGGAGACUAAAUCUCUCCUGGUAUCAUGUGCAGAUGGUAUUUGUGUAUGGUCCGGAGAUGUCAGAGAUACUAGUCUCCAGGAGAAAGAACUGAAAAUGCCACCAAUGCCUGGCAGUAUUAAUGUCAAUAGUCCACAGCUGGUUGACUCAAUUGAAGUUCUAGGUUGUGGAAGAAUUGCUGCAAAAUGUGCAUUGCAUGGCGCCAUUUAUAUAUGGAGCUUAGCAGACACUUUAAAAAGUUGUAAAAGUAGACACAUUGUGAAAAUACUUCCAGCGUAUACAUUAAAAUGGAGCAACACAGAUAAUUACUUCAUGAACAUGGGAUUUAGCAAAGGAUCAGGUGUACUAGCAUGUGGUGAUGACGAAGGGAGACUGUGGUUGUAUGACACAAAAAACUUAUUUGAUAAUACUGAAAUAACGAACCACUCAGAAGUUAAUCCAGUGUGUGUUCUCCAGUGGCCUGAUGUUGUAGAUAACAAUGUGAUAAAAAGACAUAAAUGUAAUUUGGAUUCAUAUGACACUACUGUAAUAAACAAAGUUGCCAUUAAUUAUGCUGGAAACUGUAUGGUAGCUGUGACCAGCAACAAUUUGGUGUGUAUUUGGAAAAGAAAAUGACACUGUUAUUGUGGCUUUAAAAUUAUAUCAAAUAACCAACA